CGCCGUCAGUAAAUGCACCAGGGGGUAAAAUAUGGUGACUCUCUAGUGGACACUUUACGCCUUUUUGUCGAUUUAAAAAAAAAAUGAAAGUAGGCUCUCUCAUACUGCCGAGCUUUGCAUUCUGUGUGCUGGUUUCUUGCAGUGGGACUCUCCUAAUUUACCUGUGCCUCUUCCGGACCUCGUUGUCGACUGUUCAAACUCAUCGCGACAUGGCAAAUUUUAAUGUACUGGGUGAGUGCGUGUUUAGUUGACCGUGAGUACUCAUUGCCAUUCUCAUUGGUUAUUUAGGGUCGGGUGGCUGUAUGUGCGUGUGUGUGUGUGUGUGUGUGUCGUCUCUGUGCAUGUAAGUGUUUGUGUGUGUUUGUGUGUGUCUCUGUGCAUGUCUGUGAGUGUGUGUUUGUUUGUGUGUGUCUCUGUGAAUGUAAGUGUGUGUGUGUGUUUGUUUGUGUGUCUCUGUGCAUGUGUGUUUGUGUGUGAUUGUAUGUGUGCAUGUGUGUGAGCGUGGGCGUGUGUUUGUAGUUAAUAAAUAUGUUCGUGUUUAAGCGUGUAAGUAAGCGUGCGUGGGUGUAGAGAUGGAUGGAAGGACGGGUGGAUAGGUGGAGGGGUGGAUAAAGGGAUGGAUGGAUGGAUGACUGAAGGGAUGGGUGGGUGGAUGGAUUUGUCGGAGGAAUUGGGGUUCUUUGAGGGAGGGAGAGAUGUCUUAUUUAGGAUCAAACAAUGAGGUGGGUUAGGGAGGGGAGGUGGUUGGCAGUAGUGGACAGUAGUGGAAAGUAGUGGGCUGUAGUGGGAAGCAGUGGGCAGAAGUGGACAGUAGUGGGAAGUAUUGGGAAGUAGUAGGCACUCAUGUAAAGAAUGGGCAGUAGUGAACAAUAGUGGUCUGUAUUUGGCAGUAGCAGACAGUGUUUGACAGUAGUGGGAAAUGUUACCUAUCUCCUGGGACUCAUGCAGUUAGAGUUACGCAGGAGUCUUCCACUUAUUUAUGCUCAUUCAAUUAGCCGAAUUUUGAUUUAUUUACUUUCAAUUUUUUCCACCAACAACUAACGUAAUUUUUUAAAAAUCAUUUGAGUGUACGUGCUGACCACGCACUGGGUUUACGUGCUGACCACGCACUGAGUGUACGUGCUGACCACGCACAAAGUUACUGCCUGUUUAUUCAACGCAAAACUCGACGCCAAAUUAUGGCUAGCCACCUUCACUUGAAUGGAAUCAAUAAUUUAACCAUAUUCAGAGUUCAAAGUCUCCUUGUGUCUCUAUGAACAAUGAAAAUCUGUUCCAUCGUCAUGUCCUGUGUCGUACAGUUAUGAUUAGCUAUUUGAAGAAAACAAUAGACGGAUGUCAUUCUAAGUCCUAAGACAUCAUAUUUAAUUAAGGGAGUUUGGUGUCUAAACGCCAUUUGUUUUCUGCCAUUGGGCCCCAUUCUUGGGGGUCCUCCUUAAGCCCAACACACAAAACACACGACAAGCGGGGGGGGGGGGAAAUAUUCAUCUCUAAGUGUGGAUAACUAAUCUUACCUCUCUAUGGACACUAACCAAAUUUUUGUGUUGCUCAUUGGAAAAAUCAAACCUUGUGUUUUUACACAGAAAUUGAAAGCCUGACGCUAACAUUUUAACGAGGCUUUUAGAUGGAGAAUGUUUUACAUUCGGUAAUUGCAUUUUAUAGAAGAUGAUGUGCAAAUUGUGGCCCAUUGUUCAAUAUCGAAAGAAGAGCAAAGUCCAAUGUUUUACCCACCACAAGGUAUCACGAUGACAGCUCUGAUCAAAUGAUAUAAAGUAUACCAACAGGUACAUUUUUAUGUAUACUAACUGGUAUAUUUUAUGUAUACAAACUGGGAUAUUGUUAUGCGUACCAACUGGUAUUUAAUAUUAUGUUGCCGCCUUUGUUAUGGGGGGCCAUCAGGUGGGACGUUCGUCGGCGUCUGUCUCUGUUAGUAAAACUGCAACUUUUCAUCUUCGUUACUAAUUUUUAAGGCCAUCUGCGGUACCCCGUACUGUCAAUUCGAAUUACUUGGGUUCUAUAGGAACAUUUAUUGUGGCAAAACAAGGAGAGGGUUUAAUUACUCUAUCCGAAGAUUUAUCGUGGCACAACAAGGAGAGAGUUGAAUAACUUGGGUUCUAUACGAACAUUUAUUGUGGAGAGGUUUGGUCAAGAAUUGUACUUCGAAUAUUGUAACGUCUCGGUAUUUAGACUAUGUUUAUAUAGGCUCGAGGACUACGAGAUCUUUGACGAGAGUACAAGAUACCGAGACGUUACAAAUUUAUAUAUAUAUAUAUAUAUAUAUAUAUAUAUAUAUAUUUAUAUGUGUGUGUGUGUGUGUGUGUGUGUGUGUGUGUUUGUGUGUGUAGAUAUAGAUAUAUANUAUAUAUAUAUAAAUAUAUAUAUAUAUAUAUAUAUAUAUAUAUAUAUAUAUAUAUAUAUUAAUUUAUGUAUUUAUUUAUUUGUAUGUGCCCGUGGAAGGCCCUAUAAACAUUUUUCAAAUUACACAUCCCAACAGUUUAUGAUGAUCCAGCUAUUGAGAUGGCAAGGCCACCGACGAGCCGUCUGUCAGUCAACAUAACUAAACCCACCUCUCAGGCCGGGCCAUCUUUAGAAAACAUCACCACAACCUCUGCUUUUUUACCACCGAUCACAGGGUCAGCCACCCCCUCGUCUGAGUUUGCGUCUCCCUACAUGUGUUUGGUGGAUGCCGACAACCGAAGUCUUGGAGUGGACACAAGUCAUUGCACUGUGGUUGUCCAGCGAGCCGUGUGGACAAUUUCCCGACGUUCAGCCGAGAAGCUGAUUGAAAAAGGAAGUCGGGGUGAAGCGGUAAAAGCGAGAACCUUCUCCGCCAUAGCUCCUUGUUUGAAUGGUUCCGUCAACUGUUUCCGGGUGGUUCAGGUGGUGGGCGAUUGCUUGCACACCAACUGUCAGUUCACCUGGAACUGGCGAGACGCUGACGUCCUGGUGUUUGAUGCUGUUAAGUAGGUGAAGUAUAGGCUUAGAGCAAAAUUUUGAAAUUGUGAAUUUUUUUUAAACUUUCAAAACGGCGAAAGAAUUAUUAUAAGUAGGUGGUCACACGAAAUAAAUAGGCUCUAUGUGCACAACUAGUGCACCACUUGUAGACGAUUGUUAAAUAGACUCUAUGUGCACAGCUAGUGCACCACUUGUAGACGAUUGUUAAAUAGAUUGUAUUAACACAGCUAGUGCACCACAUGUAGACGAUUGUUAAAUAGACUCUAUGUAAAAUGCUAGUGCACCACUUAUGGACGAUUUAAAAUAGACUCUAUGUACUCAGCUAGUGCACCAUUUGUAGACUAUUUUUAAUAGACUAUAUGUACACAGCAAGUGCACCACUUCUAGACGAUUGUUAAAUAUACUCUAUGUGCACAACUAGUGCUCCACUUGUCGACUAUUGUUAAAUUGACUCUAUUUACACAGCUAGUGAACCACUUGUAGACGAUUGUUAAAUAGACUCUAUGUGCACAACUAGUGCUCCACUUGUCGACUAUUGUUAAAUUGACUCUAUUUACACAGCUAGUGCACCACUAUUAGACGAUUAUUAAAUAGACUCUAUUUACGCUGCUAGUGCACCACGUGUAGACGAUUGUUAAAUAGUCUCUAUGUACACUGCUAGUGCACCACUUAUUGAUGAUGUUUUAAUGUUUCAUGUAAACAAACAGUACAGCACGCGGUAGCUAUUAAGUACCGGUGAUAGGCUACAUAUAAAAAUUAUUGCACACAACUAGUUCGACGACUUGUAAUAGCUUACAGCGGAUUGUUAGACACAAAGCAACACAUAUAGUAUACAAAAAUCUAUGUUAAAUCCCUUUUGAAUUCCAAUAUCUUUAGAUUUGGACCAAAGUUCUCACAACUGGACUUCCCGAGACGACCUGGCCAACGUUGGGUGAUGAGAACACAGGAAGCACCUUGCAGAUCUCGGCACUUUGCCGGACUCCAAUCCCCGUUGUUUUACGGUAACAAAAAAAUUAUUGGCUGCCAUGUUUUGUUCCAUUGAUAUACCGGGGGGGGGGGGUCUAAUGGGAUCGCAUUUGGGUUGGGGGGGCUUUGUUGAGGAAGCACCUUGCAGAUCUCGGCACUUUGCCGGACUCCAAUCCCCGUUGUUUUACGGUAACAAAAAAAUUAUUGGCUACCAUGUUUUGUUCCAUUGAUAUACCGGGGGGGGGGAUCUAAUGGGAUCGCAUUUGGGUUGGGGGCGCUUUGAUGGAGUCACGAAUUUUUGCGGUUUGAGGUGGGUGUGAUUUCAUUCAUUUUGACUGAAGGGGGGAAAAAAAUCAGUUUUGAAAACUAUUGAGUCACAAAUCAUAGUCUUGACCAAGGAUGAACUAGGUUAAGUGUUAUUGGGAAACCUGUUCAGUUUUCUUACUUUUAACAACUGAAAAUAAUGCGGUGUGCGACCGGUGUGUCGUGGGCAGGGCUGGGAAAAGCAAAAGAUGCGCCGGGGGAAAAGGCUGGAUUUAGAUUGGGGGUCUGUCGCCCACUUUCGUACUCGCCUAUUGCGUCGGUAAUUAUUGCGUUUUACACGUCAAAUUCGGUCACAAGUUUAUGCGUCGUCAUCUCAUUUAAACUUAACAAAAAUUAUAUUUUAAGAACAACGUAAACUUUAAUCCAGGCUUUUCUGUCAUUGGGUCGUACGAUGGUGCAAACACGUGAAGCGCAGUGAAUUUGCUACUGAAAAACAAUAGAACCUGCUCCCUCAGAGCUCAGACAGCAACUGCCAAAACUAAUAGCACGUGCUCAAAGGACAGCUGAGACACUACGUCACAGAUACAUGAAAACACGUCACGUCUACGUCAGAAGUCUCGUGGCGGAAAUAAAAAAUCGAUGAUAACAUUGUCAUUGUAAACUGUUCCUUACAAAGCAACUUUUAAACAAAAAAACUGAUAUUAUUCUUGAUUGAUGUAUCGCGAAACUGUAAGGUCUGUUACAGGCAAUGUCAAACAUGCGGUCACAUUGCAAGCACGCCUAUGACUUUCCUCUGGUCAUUGAACGGCCAUUACUGCAGUUUUUAGAUUUUAAACAGGACACACAGACGUCGUCCAGAACAAUGGAAUUUAAUCUGGGACAAACGCUUGGGACAGCGACACCGGGUAGUGACCGCUCUUUCUCCUUCCUCCCCCACGGUGUUAUGUCGGGGUCAAGUGGAUGUCUUUCCUUUACAAUUUGAUUCUCAAACUGGGGUAUCGGCCUCCAUGAAUCCCCAGUGGUAGGCUGCAUUAUGUGGUUGGUUUUGUUCCGGAGUAUUGCGUGUAAACGUACCAAGAAGACACAGUAGAGAUGUCCUUCUCAAAUUGGAUUGGACGCGCCUGGUAGUUGGGUAAUAUGGUAGUUGGGUAAUAUGAUAGUUGGGUAAUAUGGUAGUAGGGUAUAUGGUAGUAGGGUAAUAUGGUAGUAGGGUAAUAUGGUAGUAGGGUCAUUUGGUAGUAGGGUAAUAUGGUAGUUGGGUAAUAUGGUAGUAGGGUAAUAUUUUGUAUGGUAAUAUGGUAGUAGGGUAAUAUGGUAGUAUGGUAAUAUGGUAGUAUGGUAGUAUGGUAGUAUGGUAAUAUGGUAGUAUGGUAAUAUGGUGGUAUGGUAAUAUGAUAGUCCAACAGUCUGUAUCACCUGGCCCAUUCCACGGACCAGACGUUCAAACCUGUAUGCGUUACCUGUCAUUUUUUUUCUUUCUAGGCUCCAACAUUUAAACCCCGUAUCUUAUUUCAGGCCAGUUCAACUGGAGUCUUACAUUUCGCCUAGACUCCGACAUCGUUCUUCUCUACGGCAAGUUGAAGCGCCUGACCUCACUUCCGCGUAAAGACUACGACGGCCUCUAUUCCGGCAAAAACCUGACCGCCGCCUGGUUCGUCAGCCACUGCUCCACACAAAGCAGGCGGAUGCCCUACGUGAAACGGAUGCAGAAAGUCAGCGACGUGCACAUCUUUGGACGUUGUGGCAACCUCAGCUGCCGUAAGGGAAGGAGCAAGCAGGAAUCUGACCACGACCAGUGUUUCCCGUUGCUCAGCAAACGGUAUUUCUUCUAUCUGGCGUUUGAAAACUCGAUCUGCAACGAUUACGUCACCGAGAAAUUUUUCAAAAUUUUCACCAGUGCCGACGUCGUCCCCGUGGUUCGGGGCGGAGCCGAUUACAAGCGAUAUUUCCCGCCCGAUACGUUUAUAGACGCCUCGGACUUCGACUCGCCCGAGGCUCUGGGCGAGUAUCUCAAAGAUUUGUCGCGGGAUAAGGAUCGAUACCUGCGUAUGCUAAGAGAGAAGAACAAGUACACGCAUGUGAGGCAGAGAAAAUGGCCGUGCCAGCUGUGCGAUAAGAUGAGCGAAGACACUGGCAUCCAGUGGUACCCUGGCGACAACAUGUGGACCUGGUUUGUUAAAGACCAGUGCAAUAAUCCCAAAUAGCGACAUCGUAUUAUCCAAAUAUGUGUAGGAACGUUUCCUGCAUUAAUAAUUUACAAUGAGUUCAUCCAGUUACAAUAUAUAUGUAAGAAUAUUUCAGUUUGCACCCGAGUAUGUGUAUGAUGAUGAAUCCCCUGAUAAAACAUGUCCGAGUAUGUGUAUGAUGAUGAAUCCCCUGAGAAAACAUGUCCGAGUAUGUGUAUGAUGAUGAAUCCCUUGACAAAACAUGUCCGAGUAUGUGUAUGAUGAUGAAUCCCCUGACAAAACAUGUCCGAGUAUGUGUAUGAUGAUGAAUCCCCUGAGAAAACAUGUCCGAGUAUGUGUAUGAUGAUGAAUCCCUUGACAAAACAUGUCCGAGUAUGUGUAUGAUGAUGAAUCCCCUGACAAAACAUGUCCGAGUAUGUGUAUGAUGAGGAAUAGUCAAGUAUCAGGUGGAACAGUCAAGUAUCAGGUGGAACAGUCAAGUAUCAGAUGGAAUAGUCAAGUAUCAGAUGAAAUAGUCAAGUAUCAGAUGGAAUAGUCAAGUAUCAGAUAGAAUAGUCAAGUGUCAGAUGAAAUAGUAAAGUAUCAGAUGAAAUAGUCAAGUAUCAGAUACAAUAGUCAAGUAUCAGAUGGAAUAGUCAAGUAUCAGAUGUUAAUAGUGAAGUAUCAGAUGGAAUAGUCAAGUAUCAGAUGGAAUAGGCAAUUAUCCGAUCGAAUAGUCAAGUAUCAGGUGGAAUAGUCAAGUAUCAGGUGGAACAGUCAAGUAUCAGAUGGAAUAGUCAAGUAUCAAUUAAAAUAGUCAAGUAUCAGAUGGAGUAGUCAAGUAUCAGAUGAAAUAGUCAAGUAUCAGAUGGAACAGUCAAGUAUCAGGUGGAACAGUCAAGUAUCAGGUGGAACAGUCAAGUAUCAGAUGGAAUAGUCAAGUAUCAGGUGGAAUACUCAAGUAUCAGGUGGAACAGUCAAGUAUCAGGUGGAACAGUCAAGUAUCAGAUGGAAUAUUCAAGUAUCAGAUGGAAUAGUCAAGUAUCAGAUGGAAUAGUCAAGUAUCAGGUGGAACAGUCAAGUGUCAGGUGGAACAGUCAAGUAUCAGGUGGAACAGUCAAGUAUCAGAUGGAAUAGUCAAGUAUCAGGUGGAAUACUCAAGUAUCAGGUGGAACAGUCAAGUAUCAGGUGGAACAGUCAAGUAUCAGAUGGAAUAUUCAAGUGUCAGAUGGAAUAGUCAAGUAUCAGAUGGAAUAGUCAAGUAUCAGGUGGAACAGUCAAGUGUCAGGUGGAACAGUCAAGUAUCAGGUGGAACAUUCAAGUAUCAGAUGGAACAGUCAAGUAUCAGGUGGAAUACUCAAGUAUCAGGUGGAACAGUCAAGUAUCAGGUGGAACCGUCAAGUAUCAGAUGGAAUAGUCAAGUAUCAGGUGGAACAGUCAAGUAUCAGGUGGAACAGUGAAGUAUCAGGUAGAACAGUCAAGUAUCAGAUGGAAUAGUCAAGUAUCAGGUGGAAUAGUCAAGUAUCAGAUGGAACAGUCAAGUGCCAGAUGAAAUAGUCAAGUAUCAGGUGGAAUAGUCAAAAACAGAUGGAACAGUCAAGUAUCAGAUGGAAUAGUCAAGUAUCAGGUGGAAUAGUCAAGUAUCUGGUGGAACAGUCAAGUAUCAGUUGGAAUAUUCAAGUAUCAGAUGGAAUAGUCAAGUAUCAGAUGGAAUAGUCAAGUAUCAGAUGGAAUAGUCAAGUUUCAGGUGGAACAGUUAAGUAUCAGGUGGAACAGUCAAGUAUCAGAUGGAAUAGUCAAGUAUCAGGUGGAAUAGUCAAGUAUCAGAUGAAAUAGUGAAGUAUCAGAUACAAUAGUCAAGUAUCAGAUGAAAUAGUCAAGUAUCAGAUGUUAAUAGUUAUGUAUCAGAUGGAAUGGUCAAGUAUCAGAUGGAAUAGUCAAGUAUCAGAUGGAACAGUCAAGUAUCAGGUGGAACAGUCAAGUACCAGGUGGAACAGUCAAGUAUCAGAUGGAAUAGUCAAUUAUCCGAUGGAAUAGUCAAGUAUCAGAUGGAACAGUCAAGUGUAAGAUGGAAUAGUCAAGUAUCAGAUGGAACAGUCAAGUGUAAGAUGGAAUAGUCAAGUAUCAGAUGGAACAGUCAAGUGUAAGACUGUAAGAUGGAAUUGUCAAGUGUCAGAUGAAAUAGUCAAGUAGGUGAUAUAGUCAAGUAUCAAUUAAAAUAGUCGAGUAGAUGGACUAGUCAAUUAUUACAGAUUUGCAUGUUAAAAAUCAUUUAACGUUUUGACCGAAAUAAGGAACAAAAAAGCGCGAUUGCCUUUAACAUACUACGUUGUAUCCCAUUGCCAGUAUGAGCCCCUAACUCACGUAACUGCGGCCGGCUUGUGUACGUUGAAAUGGCGAACUGUUGAAGAUGAUAGCCCUCCAAAAUAUUGCAUACCAUGUAUUUUGUAAAGCUAUUGGGUUGUUGACGUGCCAAAAUAUAGCAUACCUUGUAUUUUGUAAAGCUAUUGAGUUUUUGUUUUUCAUCUAUGUGUUUCUUUUAAUGUGUAGCGUAACCAAUAGUAAAGAGGGG